AUGUCGUCGAACGAAACAAAUACAACUGCAAUUACAACAAUUAUUGACAAUUCCGUAGCAUGGAGUGCUGUCGGAUUUUUAAUAUUUGUUGCUGUAAUCUUCAUUAUAUCAAUUAUAUUAAUACUUUAUUUUGAAAAAGUUUGCUGUUUUGCACGACAUCGAUUUUUAAAACAUCUAUUAAGACGAAUUACUAGAACGAAAAACUCUAAAUCAACAUCUACGACUACUCAACCUAUUGCAAUAAAAUCUAUGGAUAAAUUUGAAGAUAAAAAUAGAACUUCACAAAUUUCAGAAUAUCUUUGGAUAGCUGGUCAAUUUGAAGAAAGAAAAAACUUUGAACCAUCAUCAUUAUUAGAUACAACUGAAUUGGGCACAGAUUUACCAGACGAUGAUUAUACAACAUUAGUACCACCAGUAAAACAAAUAAAUAAUGCUGGACGAAAACUACCAGUAAUACCAAUAAUUAUUGAACAUAAAGAAAAUGAUUUACCAGGAAAAAAGGUAAAAAAGUUACAUUCAAAAUCUAAUGAUCGACGAAAGACAACAAUAACUCGAGUAUCAAGACGGCAACCAAGUGAUGAUCAUGAUUCAAUUGGAUAUGUACAAUCAGCUCCAUCAUCACCUGCUCUAUUACGUAGUUCUGGACAAAGAUCAAAACAUAAUCAUAGCCCUACGGAUCAACUUAAUGUUGAAACAAAAUCUAUAUCAAGUGAUCAUAGUCCAGGAUUCAUAAAUGCUCGAAGUAGUAGUUUUUCAUCGGGUACACUUGAAAUUCGAUUAAAACUUGAUGCUAAAAAUAGCAAAAUGUGGGUAUUUAUUAUAAAAGCAACAUUAGAAAUGGAUCAACGUGCAUUAAAACAAGCACUUAUUCAAAUACAUCUGGCUAUGUUACCUAAUAAACGUAUUCGUUUUCGUACACAAGCUAAACCUGCUGAUAAUGCUAUGUUUGCCGAAGAAUUUUUCUGUAAAGUAUCACCAGAAUCUAUUCAAACACAAGGCAUUCGUUUUCGACUAUAUCUAAAUAGACGAUUUAAACGUGAAAAACUUGUUGCUGAAGCAACAGUUAUGUUUGGUUUAAUUAAUCUUGAUGAAGAUAUGUGUAAAAUUAUUACGUUAGAACCAGUAUAUCCAUCGGAUGAUUCAGAAUUAGCUAGUAAUAAUUCACAUACAAGUAGUAAUGUACAAUCAAGAAAAGAUUCAUUAAUUUUAAGUGGAGAAACUACUAGUUCUACUUUACCAGAAAUUGAAAUUGGUUUAGCUUAUGAUACAAAGCAAUCGAUUCUCAUUUUUGAAAUAGGAAAAGGAAUCAAUUUUGGUAUGACUUUACAAGGACGUGUUCCAGAUACAUAUGCUCAACUAACACUUUUAAAUUCUUCUGGAGAAGAAAUGGCAUCAAAUCGAACAGUUACUCGCCGUAAUCAACAUCAUCCUGUAUAUGCUGAACGUUAUCCAUUUAACAUUGAAGAAAAUCUUCUUAAUCAAGUAACACUUGUUGUUACAAUUAUUAAUAAAAAAGCAAAAGGAAAAGAAGAUCGUAAUCUUGGUUGGAUAUCAUUUGGUCAUGGUGCCAGUGGUGAUUCUCAAGUAGCUCAUUGGGAUUCAAUGCUCAAUGCGCAAGGUGAAACUAUAACACGAUGGCAUGCUUUAUUAGAAAGUUAA